AGUUUUGGCUUGAUUCGGGUUUUGAAUGCGGAGAAAUGAUAACCAAUUAUGGCACAUCGAGCUUUAAUGGGAUUCUACAAGAAGUUAUCGCCUAUAAAGAAGGAGAUAAAAACGUUUGAAAAUCUAUUAGUUUUAGACUUUGAAGCAACGUGUGUCGAAGAUAAAAUUUUAUCACCUCAAGAAAUCAUUGAAUUUCCAUGUAUUGUUCUUUCUACUAAAACUUGGAAAGUAACAAAUGCUUUUCAUAAAUAUGUUAAGCCACAAGUACAUCCUAAAAUCUCAUAUUUUUGUACCGAUCUAACAGGAAUUAUGCAACAAACUGUAGAGAACGAGCAACAUUUUCCAGUUGUUUUUUCAGAGUUUUGUCAGUGGUUGGAAAAGGGAAACUAUUUUAAUGAAAAAGAAAACAGUGCUUUCGUAACAUGUGGCGAUUGGGAUUUGAGAGUUAUGCUUCCAGAACAAUGUAAACUAAGUAACAUUGAAAUACCUUAUUAUUUUAAUCAAUGGAUUAAUAUAAAAACGGCAUUUUGCGCAAAAACAGACUAUUAUCCACGCAGUUUAAAAGAUAUGUUGAAACAUUUAAAUAUGGAAUUUCAUGGAAAAUGCCAUUCCGGUAUAGAUGAUGUUCAUAAUAUAAUUAGAGUAAUACAAAAAUUGGCAAAGAUGUACAAUUCGGAGUUCACAAUUACUUCAAAUAUUCAAAUUAAAGACUCAUUUUCAUUCAAUACUGUUUAUUAAAAAC